UUCUUUUAUUCAGUACGACUGUUUGGAACAAUGGCAUCUGCACACAUUGUCUUCUAUCUGAUAUGUUUGUUCUUGGGUGUAAUUGCUCAGAAGAACAACAUGCAUUUAUCCUCCUCUGUUCAUGAAGAAGCACGUUUUAUAUCAGCUAAAUCUGGAGACAGAGUGACUUUACAUUGUUACUUUGAACAGAAUGUUGCUGCACGGUUGUACUGGUAUAAUCAAACUUUAGGAGAGAAACCAAAACUAAUUUCUACCUUCUAUAAGUCAGAAGACUAUUUUGUACAAUUUCAUGAUCCAUUCAACAAUAAUGCAUGCUUCAGACUAGAUAAUGAAAAAGGAAAUAAUCACCUGAUUAUCUCAGACUUAAGUGUUUCAGACUCAGCAACUUACUACUGUAUAUGUUCCUAUGUGUUCACAUCAACAUUCUUAGACACCAUUAUUGUCAGUGUCAAUGAUUUAGAUUCAAACAUACGAGCUUUAGUUCAUCAGUCAGCAUCUGAGACCAUCCAGCCAGGAGGCUCUGUAAGUCUGCACUGUAUGGUGCACACUAUGCUGAGCUGUGAUGGAGAACACAGUGUUUACUGGUUCAAAGACUCUCAAGACUCUCAACCAGCUCUCAUUUACACCCAUGGAGUCAGGAAUGAUCAGUGUGAGAGGAAAGCCAAUAAAAGAACACACACCUGUGUCUAUAACUUGAGAAUGGAGAGCCUGAAUUUGUCUCACGCUGGGAUCUACUACUGUGCUGUCGCCUCAUGUGGACACAUACUGUUUGGAAACGGGACCAAGCUGGACUUUGGGGGUAAGUCACUUUUCCAGCAGAAGUGA